UAUAAAUACAGCACCAAGCUUCAUUCUCCUCCUCACAAUUAACGUAUCCAUCAGUAUAUAUCCUUCUCAUCCUAUUCAUAGAUUAAGCUUACAAUGGCGGCCAAUUCGCUUCUCCUCCUCCUCUCCCUCUCUCUUACCGUCUUCUUCAUCCCGACGUCCCUCGCCGCCGACGCCGACCCCCUCCAGGACUUCUGCGUCGCCGACUUGCACUCCCCCGUCGCUGUGAACGGCUUCCCGUGCAAGCGGAACACCACCGUCGUCCCCGACGACUUCUUCUCCUCCGCGAUAUCCGUGGCGGGCAACACCAACAACAUGUUCGGGUCGAGCGUCACCCCGGCCAACGUGCUGACCUUCGCAGGGUUGAACACGCUUGGGUUGUCGAUGAACCGGGUGGAUAUUGCCCACGGUGGGGUGAACCCUCCGCACAUCCACCCCCGCGCGACCGAGCUAGGGUUUGUCGUGAAGGGGAAGGUGCUCGUCGGGUUCGUGACGACCGCAGGGGUGUUCUACUCCAAGGUGCUCGGCCCGGGGAUGAACUUCAUCAUCCCGCGGGGGCUCAUGCACUUCGAACUCAACGUCGGUGAAGGGGAGGCGCUGGAGAUCACCGCGUUCAAUAGCCAGUUGCCGGGGACGGUGGUGUCGUCGGUGACGCUGUUCGGGUCGAAGCCCCCGAUCCCCGACGCCGUGCUCAGCAGGACCUUCCAGGUGGACGACAAGAUCAUCGACCUCAUCAAGUCCAAGUUCGGAAACUAAUUAAUCAUUUAGUUAGUCCCCCAUGCACACAAACUAAUUAAUCAUUUAGUUUGUGUGCAUGGUAUAAUAAGAGCUAAUUAAGAAAUGGUGAUAUAUAUAUAUAUAUAUAUAUAU